GCAUAGAGGGCGGUCUCGAACACAUCUGCUACUGUACGGAUUCUCUGCUAGCAAGCUAGCCGAAGAGACAAAUUAACCCUCGGUAAUGUUUCGCAGAAGAGAGUAACGAAGGGGGAGAAAAGGAGAUUUGUUUAAAAAAUGGCGGAUGUUGCGGAGGAAUAUGGAAUUCAUUCUGCUGUCCCAUCACUGCUGCAUUCGUCCUCUCGUAAUGGGACUAGCGUGGAUUCUGCAACCGGUAACGAGAGCGGACCCACAGUCACCACUGUAACUACAGGCCCUCGGCUAGUCCGGAUUGUCAAGUCAGAUUCGGGCUAUGGCUUUAAUGUGCGAGGACAAGUCAGCGAGGGAGGACAGCUCCGAAGCAUACAUGGGGAAUUGUACGCUCCUCUCCAGCAUGUCAGUGCUGUUUUGCCUGGAGGUGCGGCAGAUAGAGCGGGUAUCUCAAAGGGUGACCGCAUUCUCGAAGUCAAUGGGAUGAACGUGGAGGGGGCGACACACAAACAGGUGGUGGACCUGAUACGGGCGGGGGAGAGGGAACUGGUGCUGGCCGUGCUGUCGGUGCCCCAGGCCGAGACGGACAGCCUCGAGGCGACCGACGAAAGCCCUGCGGCGUGUUGCUAUGACUACAGUGACAAGCAGGCAGUGCCCAUCUCCAUACCCACCUACAAGCAUGUAGAGCAGAACUCGGAGAAGUUUGUGGUAUACAAUGUGUACAUGGCAGGCCGACAGCUAUGCUCCAAGCGAUAUCGGGAGUUUGCCAUCCUGCACCAGAACUUAAAGAGGGAGUUCAGCACCUACAAUUUCUCCAAACUGCCGGGAAAGUGGCCUUUCUCCCUGUCCGAGCAGCAGCUGGACGCACGGCGCAGAGGUCUAGAGGAGUAUCUGGAGAAAGCCUGUUCUGUGAGGGUGAUUGGAGAAAGUGACAUAAUGCAAGAGUUCCUGUCUGAAUCAGAUGAGAACUUUAAUGGUGUGUCAGAUGUGGAGCUGAGAAUAGCCAUGCCGGACAAAACGACAGCCACGGUCCGAGUACGUAAGAACAGCACCACGGACCAGGUCUAUCAGGCUGUUGUAAUGAGAGUCGAAAUGGAUAGCAUCACAGCCAGUUACUUUGCACUUUUUGAAGUGAUUAAUCAUACAUUUGUGCGUAAGCUGGCCCCUAAUGAGUUUCCCCAUAAGCUGUAUGUGCAAAACUACACGUCUGCAGUGCCGGGCACCUGUCUGACCCUUCGCAAGUGGCUCUUUAGCGCAGAGGAGGAAGUGCUGCUCAACGACAACCAGCUGGCCAUAACCUACUGCUUCCACCAGGCCAUGGAGGACGUGAAGAAGGGAUCCAUAAAGGUGGGGGAGAAGUCUUAUCAGCUCCAGAAACUCGCCGAGCAGAAGAAGAUAAAUAUUUACUUGAGUAUGUUGAGCACAUGUGAAGGCUACAAUGAGAUCGUGUUCCCUCACUGCGCGUGUGACUCUAGGCGCAAAGGCCAUGUGCUCACUGCCAUCAGCAUCCACCACUUCAAGCUGCAUGCCUGCACCGAGGACGGGACUCUGGAGAACCAGGUGAUUGCCUUUGAGUGGGCUGAGAUGCAGCGCUGGGACACGGAUGAGGAGGGCAUGGCCUUCUGCUUCGAGUACGCCAGGGGAGAGAAGAAGCCUCGCUGGGUCAAGAUCUUCACCCCCUAUUUCAACUACAUGCACGAGUGCUUUGAGAGAGUUUUCUGUGAGCUCAGAUGGAGGAAAGAGCUGGAGGAGGAGGUGACUGAUAAAGACAAUAAGAACUGCAGCAGAGAUGGUAUGUGUAGUAAGAAUAUCUUCCAGCUGCUGAGAAACAGAAGGGAUGGAGGCACUUGAAUGAGGAGGUCAUUACCUCUUGAACACUGGCGCGCACACACACACACCCAUCACUAACUCAAUAUAAAUAUUACACUAAAGCAAGCAUUGUGAAAAAAUAAAUGUAUACUGUAUAUGCCUAAUAUCAGACAUAGGAGUCCUCUGAAAGAACUCUUGGCUGCAUUUUAAAAGUGAUUUAAAAUAUACAUACAUUUCUGCAUCAAACAUUGCACUUCACCUCAUUGCAACUCCCAUGACACACCACGUCUUAAACUGACUGAUGAAUCAGACACUAUUUAGCAGCCAGCAGGUACAAAUGGAAACUUGCCCGGAAACUGACUGAAAUUGUGUGUCGCAUUUCACUGUGACCAACCUGAUCCACUGCAUGACUGGACAAAGGGAACAAUAUCUACAUCAAGACAAAAAAAAAAAUCCAGCAGACUGGCUCCUCCUUUGACACACAUGGACGACCUUCUCGCCAGAAGGGAAGGAUAUCUGCAACGUCAUUGGUCUAGAAUAUGGGUGUCUUGGCAACAUUCGUGGCUAGGAGUGACCUCUAGGAUGUGACUGGAUGUGUGGUGUGGCUGCAGAAAGGACUAGUGAAGGGCUCUGGGUGGACUUGUCUUACCCAACUUGUAGAACAGAGGUCAGGGCACUCACCUGAGAUCUCGCCGUUCAAGAGACUGGUGAACAAAACUCACACACACCACACACACACACACACACACAUCACACUACACUACACUACACUCAUCUCCGAGGAAAUAAUCAUGAGUUUGAUCGAGCAAAGAAGAGUGAGCACAUCAAUACAGACGAGCUUGCCUGCCUUUUCCCACUUAGUUGUCAUCUAAGGGGAGUAGAAACACUGACAGAAACGGUAACCUUAUUCUGUAACACUUUACUUGAAAGUAUCUACAUAAGAGUGACAUGACCAUAUGACACUGUUAUGACACAUGAACCCUAACUUGUCAUAACAAAAACCAAAUGACACUUAAUGACAGAAGCGUUAUGUCAUACAUGUUUAUGACUUGUUUAUUAUGUUUAUCACACGUUCAUGACAGUGUCGUGUCACUCUUAUGUAGAUACCUUCAAGUAAAGUGUAACCCCUUAUCAUGUAAAUCUGUUUACUUUCCUCCUGACUGGCAGUUUUCAGUCAUUGCGCUGGCAGGGUAGUUUUCUUUUCUGUUUUUGAUCUGAUCUCACUAUUUAUUUCUGUGCAUGUAGAUGCAUUUCAACAUUGUGCUGAAAUUUUAAGUGUUCCUGUGUGUGUGUGUGUGUGUGUGAGAGAGAGAGAGAGAGAGAUAGAGAGGGAUAGAGAGGGAGAGCGAAAGAUUUAUUUCAGUUUCUCUUUCUCCCUGUCUAAGGGAAUGUGUGUAUGAAGAAAUGAUAUGUGCACAUGCUUUGAUUGUUCCCUUUUUUAUGUUCACAUAGCUGUCCUUGACAUCGCAGGAGCAUACUUCGCAUUAUGUUCCUGCUGUAACAAACUAUGGGAUAUGUGUAAUCUGAUGGGUUAUGUGUCAUCUGAUGGGUAGUGUAAUCUGAUGGGUUAUGUGUAAUCUGUAUGCUCUCUGCCGCUGCCACUGGCGCUCUCAAACGACUUUCUGUCGAGUCCUCACGGCAGACUGAUCAACCUCUGUGUGUGUUGGAAUCAGUUAGCACAACAGUAUUAUUAUUAUUAUUAUUAUUAUUAUUAUUAUUAUUCAGUAUUACAGUUUUGAUCUACUGAGGUUGCAGUGUGUAGCAGAAUAACUUGCACACAAUACAACACAGAAAUUGAACAUAUGGACAUUCUUACCAACCAAUGUAGAGACACCUUCUAUCUUCAAAUUAUUGUUGCAUCCCUGUGGUCAAAACCGCAGACAUAAGGGGUGAUCUAGCUGAUUACUGAAAAGCUAGUUUGGUGAAGUUCUGUUCUGACUGCUCUAAGUAUUCAUGAAAGACUCACUUUUUCUACGGACCCAAUGGAAGCAGUCUCUGAAUGUGAUGUGUGAAGCAGGCCCUUUGUUCCUGAGCUUCACACAGGCCUACGGAAUUCAGUCAUCCAUGACGUUUUGAAUCUUAAAUGCCGUUACUUGAUUGUUUUGCCAUCGGAGGUCUUUCUCUUUCUGUCUCUGUCUCUUUAUCUCUCUCUCUGUCAUCUGCGACUUGACCGAGAAAAAAAAAAGAUUGCUCCAUAAUUUAUUUCAGUAUUAGAACUGCAGUCUUUGAAGAACAGGAAAAAAAUAACUAUUUAUGCUGUAAAAAUGGAAAAAUGUUGAAGGACUCUGCACUAUUUCCUUAAUGAAUGGAAUUGGGCUUUAAAAAAAAGAGCAAAAAACAACAAAAAUCGAAAGCAUUUUUGAGGACUGGCUUCUUCUGAACAGUCUUUGACAGUCAUAUUUGGUUAGUGUAAAGAUAAGUUGUAAAAUAUUCUUCUAAAUAAAAAAAAUAUUGAAGCAACACA